CCUAAACUUCAAUCACACUUCUAAUCAAGAAAGGAACAAAUUUGUAUUAAUUAUUUCAUUUUCUACAUAUGCAUUGUAAUCAGUGACCCAGCAAUGGGAUGCGCAGCAUCGUCACAACAAACGACGGCCACAGGUGGUCAACCAGCUGCUGGUGCAAAGGCAAACCCGGCCCCCGCUAAUAACAAUCCAAACGCAGCAAACAUAGCAGAAACGACAGGAGCAGCUGAAGAACUCACUAAAGAAUCUGAACCAUUUGUGGAACCGGAUCCCAAUUACCCUGACCUAAGCAAGCACAACAAUUACCUGGCAGAAUCUUUAACGCCUUCCAUUUACAACAAAAUCUGUAACCUUCGCACACUUUCUGGUUACUCUGUGGAUGGUUGCAUGCAGACCGGCGUGGACAAUCCAGGACAUCCUUUCAUCAAGACUGUCGGAUUGGUGGCUGGGGAUGAAGAGUGUUACGAUCUCUUUGCUGACCUCUUUGAUCCAACUAUUGACAAAAGACACAACGGAUAUCCCCGCAAUGCAAAGCACACAACUGAUCUCAACCCUGAUCAUCUCAAGGGUGGUGAUGACUUUGAUCCAAAGUAUGUCCUUUCAUGCAGAGUUCGUACAGGCCGCUGCAUUAGAGGGUACGGCCUCCCACCACAUUGCACGAGGGCUGAACGUCGAGACGUUGAGAAAGUUUGCAAGGACGCACUGGCAACUCUAGAUGGGCCACUCAAAGGCACGUAUUACCCACUAACGGGGAUGACAGAGGAAAUGCAGGACAAACUAAUUGCAGAUCAUUUCCUAUUCGAUAAGCCCGUUUCUCCUUUGCUUAUGUCAGCUCGCAUGGCCCGUGAUUGGCCUGAUGGACGUGGGAUCUGGCACAAUGCCGAUAAAAACUUCCUGGUUUGGAUAAAUGAGGAAGAUCACACUCGGGUUAUUUCCAUGGAAACAAGUGGCAACAUGAAGAAUGUCUUUAAACGAUUCUGUAAUGGUCUCAACAAAGUCGAGAAUGCUCUCAAAGCAAAAGGGUAUGAAUUCUCAUGGAAUGAGCAUCUUGGAUAUGUGCUCACUUGUCCAUCCAACCUUGGUACAGGUGUACGUGCAGGAGUCCACAUCAAGAUUCCUCUUUUCAGCAAGCACGCUGGAUUUGAAUCCAUUCUGAAGCAUUAUCGUCUCCAGAAACGUGGCACAGGAGGCGUGGAUACGGCAUCCACUGACGGCACUUUCGACAUUUCAAACCUAGAUCGUCUUGGCACUUCUGAAGUACAACAGGUUCAAUCCGUUGUUGAUGGUGUCAAGAAGCUGAUUGAGUUGGAAAAAGCGUUAGAAAAGGGAUCAGAUAUCAGCGGCCAGAUUCCCCGGGACCCUGCAAUAGUUCGUGCAGAACAAGUGAAAGAAGGAUAUCCAGACCUAUCCAAACACAACAAUCAUCUGGCCCACUGUCUGACAUACGACAUUUGGAAAAGUCUCAAGGACAAAAAGACGCCAAGUGGCUUUACUCUGGAUGGCUGCAUCCAAACGGGAGUCAUGAACCCUGGUCAUCCUCACAUCAUGACCGUUGGAAUGGUUGCAGGAGAUGAGGAAUCAUAUGACGUCUUCGCUGAUAUCUUUGACCCGGUCAUUGAUGCACGACACGGAGGUUAUCCCAAAGAUGCCGUCCAUGUCACCAACAUAAACCAUGCAGAUCUUAAAGGAGGAGAUAACCUGGAUCCCAAAUAUGUUUUGUCUUGCCGUGUUCGCACAGGACGCAGCAUCAUCGGGUAUUCUCUGCCCCCGCAUUGCACCGUGGAAGAGAGAGCUGCCGUAGAGACGAUCACGAUCGGAGCUCUUGAUAAAUUCGAUGGAGACUUGCAAGGAAAAUACUACCCACUGGAAGGAAUGUCUGAUGAAACACAAACACAGCUGAUAGAUGACCAUUUUCUCUUUGACAAACCUGUUUCUCCUCUUCUUACCGCCGCAAGAAUGCAUCGUGAUUGGCCACAGGGAAGAGGAAUUUGGCAUAACGAGAACAAGAACUUCUUGGUGUGGGUCAAUGAAGAAGAUCAUAUCCGUGUCAUCUCUAUGGAGAAGGAUGGGAAUAUGCGAGCGGUCUUCAAGCGAUUCUGUGAAGGUUUGCAAAAGUUCGAGCAGAUGAUCAAAAAGGAUGGCAAGGAGUUCAUGUGGAACAAACAUCUGGGUUACGUACUUACUUGUCCGUCUAACCUGGGAACCGGCCUACGCGCUGGCGUACAUGUGAAACUGCCUCUGCUGAGCAAGUAUCCGAGAUUCGACCAGAUUCUAAGAGCCCUCCGACUUCAGAAGAGAGGUACAGGUGGAGUAGAUACUGCCUCAACUGAUGGAACCUUCGACAUCUCGAACCUCGACAGGCUUGGAUCAUCAGAAGUACAGCAAGUUCAGUUUGUUGUCGACGGCGUUGAACUUCUCGUCCAGAUGGAGAAGAAACUUGAAAAGGGCGAGGACAUUUUUGAUAUUCUACCACAGCAAUGCCGUCCCAAACCACCAAUAAAGCCUUUCAGUUCUGACUACCCCGAUUUCUCUCUGCACAACAACUGGAUGUCUAAAUGUAUGACAGAAGAAAUCUACAACAAACUUUGCAACGUGAAGACAAAAGGUGGAGUCACCCUGAACGACUGCAUUCAAACUGGCAUUGACAAUCCUGGACAUCCAUACAUCAUGACUGUUGGUUUGGUAGCUGGAGAUGAAGAGUGCUACGAGGUUUUUGCUCCUCUCUUCGACCCGGUGAUAAGUGCCAGGCACGGCGGCUACGCUCUUGAUGCCAAACACCCUACCAACCUCAAUGCAGCAGAACUCAAAGGCGGAGAUGAUUUGGACCCUGAGUUCGUCCUAUCUUGUCGUGUGCGUACUGGUCGUUGCAUCCGCGGCUUGGCUCUCCCGCCAUGUUGCACCAGAGCAGAACGUGCGGAAGUAGAGAAGAUUACAACGGAAGCAUUAUCUACCCUAAGUGGACCUCUGAAGGGAAAGUACUACCCACUAACCGGUAUGACAGACGAAGAGCAAGAGAAGCUCAUCGAAGACCACUUCCUCUUUGACAAGCCCGUAUCCCCGCUGUUGCUUUGUGCCAAUAUGGCACGUGACUGGCCCCAGGGUCGUGGCAUAUGGCACAAUGAUGAGAAGAAUUUCCUUGUCUGGGUCAACGAGGAAGAUCACACUCGAGUCAUCUCCAUGGAGAAGAGCGGGAACAUGAAGCGAGUGUUUGAGAGGUUCUGCGACGGUCUCAAAAAGGUCGAAGACUCCAUCAAGUCCAAGGGUUACCAGUUCAUGUGGAAUGAGCAUCUUGGUUAUGUACUGACAUGUCCAUCCAACCUCGGGACGGGACUGCGUGCAGGCGUUCAUGUCAAGGUUCCUUUGUUAAGUCAACAGAAAAUCUUUGACUCUAUCCUUGAUCACAUGCGUCUGCAAAAGCGAGGAACAGGAGGUGUAGACACAGCCUCUACUGACGGCACCUUUGAUAUCUCCAACUCGGAUCGCAUCGGUUUCUCCGAAGUCCAUCUUGUCCAACAACUCGUAGACGGUGUCAAGCUCCUCGUCAACCUCGAAAAGGCUCUCAUGAAGGGAGAAGACAUCAACAGUCUCCUGCCAGAGAAGCUAAGGGAAGAUUCCUCAUAAAGCCAGGAUCCACAGCUUGCCGAAUAGUGGCCGUUGUCGCGCAAGUGUUACAAAUGCCACCUUUAGAAGAUGUAGCCUACACAUUAAAAAAAAAAUACAAUUAGAAUUGAAAUCUAUAAGGACGAUUUGAAUAUACCAUAAAGAUUUGCCCAUGAUUUUGAAUCAAAAUAACUUCAUGCUGAACUUGUAAAUGAAAAAGUAAUGUUAGAAAACUCUGUAAAUUGGGAAGAUAUCAAAUUUCCUGGCCGUUUUUCUUUCUGAUGAAGUACACUAAUUAUAUUAAUUUCUCUUAUUAAUAUGUAUGGAAACUUUUAAUUAUGUAAAAACAAGGAAACGAACUGAAAUACAAUUCAAACUACCUUUCAUU